UCAAAGUCAGUGUUCUCACAGCUUUAAUUUGACCAGGUUUAGUGUAGUUUAGGACUAUAACCAAAGCGUGGCGCUGUGCGGACUCUUUUUCUUGUUCUUUCUUAUUUCCUUUCUUUUUUCCCACCAGACCAAAGGUGAUGUGAACUAAACUUGACUGAAACUGACAGAGAUUUCCAAAAGCCUUGCCUAAUGCGAGUCCCGGCUGAGAUCCGUGAAGCGCACACUGAGACUGGAGGCACCGACAACCCACCACCCGGUGCUCCAAAAUGGCUCAGCAGUCAAUCACUGAAGAAGGGACAUCGUUAAUUCUCCCCACAAAAGCGCCCCGGGAGCCCAGAAGCUCCAUGUUAUCUGCGUGUUUCAACUUCAUCAACUCCAUCAUAGGAUCUGGGAUCAUAGGUUUGCCAUAUGCAUUGAACCAGGCGGGGCUCCCCUUUGGCCUUCUUCUUUUGAUCAUUGUUGGGGUCAUCACAGACUACUCAAUCAUUCUUCUGAUAAAAGGAGGAAACCUGUCGGGAUCAAAUAGUUAUCAGUCACUGGUACAAAACACAUUUGGCUUCCCUGGAUUUCUGAUUUUGUCUGUGCUGCAGUUCCUUUAUCCUUUCAUUGCCAUGAUCAGCUACAACAUUACAACUGGUGACACACUGACCAAGGUUUUUCAGAGAAUACCAGGAGUUGGUCCAGAUCACAUACUUGCAGAGCGGCACUUUGUGAUAUUGCUGUGUACAUUUCUCUUCACGCUGCCGCUCUCACUUUAUCGAAACAUAGAGAAACUUGGGCGGGUGUCCUUCCUGUCAAUGGUGCUGACCCUUGCCAUCCUUGUCAUUGUAAUCAUCAGAGCAGCCACGCUUGGACCCCACAUCCUCCCAACAGAGGAUGCAUGGGCAUUUGCAAAGUGGAAUGCUAUUCAGGCAGUUGGUGUAAUGUCUUUUGCCUUCAUAUGCCACCACAACAGCUUUCUGAUUUAUGGCUCUCUGAAGCAGCCAACGCUAGCCAACUGGUCUCGGGUCACGCACAUUUCUGUAGGCUCAGCUCUAAUAAUCAGCACCGCCUUUGCUGUUGCUGGCUACACAACCUUCACCGGCUACUCACAAGGAGACAUAUUUGAAAACUACUGCAGAGAUGAUAACCUGGCAACUUUCGGUCGCUUCUGCUUUGGAUUCAGCAUAAUAACCACAUUUCCACUGGAAUGUUUUGUUACACGAGAGGUUGUUUCGAAUGUUUUUUACAGUCGCGAUCUUACAAAAGCUGAGCAUGCAGCCAUCACCAUGCUCAUAGUCAUAGUCUGUACAUCCAUUUCUUUGGCAUAUGACUGCCUCGGAGUCGUUCUGGAGCUGAAUGGUGCUCUGAGUGCCACCCCUCUGAUCUUCAUCUUUCCAUCUGCGUGCUACCUCAAACUCUCCCCGGGCCGCUGGUUUCAGGGCGGAAACCUAAUUCCCGUAAUGCUGAUGAUAAUUGGCCUGUUUUUCAUGAUCACUGGUCUGACCAUGACGGGCCUCUACCAUCUAGACUGCUCGCACGGCGAGGAGAUGUUCUACUGUGCAGAUAGAAACACAUCUGGCACCGUGCCACCUGGAUGAGAGAAAAUGCUUUGGUGAUAUAUAUUUAGUUGUCUUAAAUUUGCACUUCAUUGCAACAGCGUGUUUAUGUUUUAUCACUUUUUUACUCUUGGUUUCCUGGAAUACAGGCUCCUUUGCUUCAUUUUAAGACCAUUGUAUGCUUUCAAAAUUAGUGAAACUAUUCGGAAAAGAUCAGUCUGGCGUAAUGAAAUACUUCUGUUUUUCAUUUGUUGUGAAAGCCUUUAAACUCUCCAAAGUCCCAGUGGAUGAAUUGCAAAGGCGACUAAGAGUCCGAUAGCCCAGUAAAAAUGUCUGACCUCUUUAAAGUUCAGGGGGUUGAAUGUCUGUUGUCAUAAAAUCUUAAGCUGUAUUUCCAGAGAAGAGGAUGGGGAGCAACUUAGUAUCACUCCUAGUGUUAGAAUCAGAUGUUCUGCAUGUUCUCAUGUAUUGUAAUGUCCAAUUGACUCUUUUUAAGAAGUAGUAACAAGCUUGGAUAUGUAACACUGUGGAUUAAACACAGGAGGGAAGCCCCCAUGAUAUUUUUUGUUCACAACACAACACGG